AUGGGCCUUGGCGUUAGUCGGGAGGACUCGGAGGUCGCUACUGUCACUCCCAGAUCUCCAGACAACUCCGCCAUGGGUUGUUGUUCGUCUGCGACGGCGGUCCAAAAGACCCAUUCGCUGACAGGUCUAGCAGAUUCGUGCUCUUUCGAUUCAGUGCCCCGGCUUUCGGGCACGUCAACCUCAGACACAAAGGCUCUUCGUCCGCAGCUCCCUCCGACGGCGCUGCCGUCGAAGGCCAAUGAAGGCCCCAAUCUUUCCGAGACGUUGGAGACCUGCAACACGGCGCCUCACUUCGAGGCCCCGACGGCUGGCCGGACAGAAGAUCCUGGAAGUCGUUUUCUGCUGCAGGGCGUCCAGCUGGAGCGAUCCCAAUUUCUGCGCCUUCCAGUGGAAGCCCCACUGCGCGUCCUGCUGGGAGCCGUGGAAAUUCGAGACAGGUGGCUAGAGCCCAAUGUUGAGCUCUGCUGCGAGAUACGCCUCUUCCAGCCUCGGGCGGCCCUGACAUUGGCGCUGUUUCCAGAGUCCUCCUAUGCAGAGUCCAAGCUGACUGCGGCUGCAAAGGGUGAGAUGAAAGGUGGGCAUAGUUCUUUGUGGCUGUUCGGCGAGCAAGUGGCCUUCUCCGGAGAUGCUGUGAGGCAGGAGCGGAAGGCGGAUGGGGGACUCCAAGCCCAGGUUCUGCUGAUAGAGAAAUCCUCGGGCGACAAGCUGGCUGACCGGCCCUCGGCCGUGGGAGCUUCCCCGGUGUAG